AUGAAAUUUUCUUCGUUGCAUAGUUAUAUCCGUCGUGCGAUCCAAUAUAAACGAACUGAAGUUAACAAAACUAAGUCAUUCUCGUAUACCACUUAUGUGAUAAAGGAAUUUUUAAUUCGAUUAGGAAAAUCAAUUGGAAUUUUAUCCGUACCUGUCGUAUUUAUUGAUGUUAUUGGCUAUCCAGCAAGUAUUAUUGGAUCAUCAAUGGAGCACGGAUGGCCGAGUGGUCUAAGGCGCCAGACUCAAGCAAACAAUAUGUAUGCUUCACACGAGAACAGUGUGUGA